GUCAUAUGUCAACCAUAGCGUCACGUUUGAGUAAUAAAGGAAGUAGCUCGAUACAGAGAAAUAUAAGAUACUGCUACAGAUUUCACAUCAAAGUUGUGUGUGGAGAGGGUAAAGAUGGAGGUGCCGUCCUACCAGUCUAAGCUCCUCUGUGAGUUGAACGAGCAGAGGAAGCGGGACUUCUUCUGCGACUGCAGCGUCAUCGUGGAGGGCCGGGUGUUCAAGGCGCACCGUAACGUGCUGUUUGCUGGCAGCGGCUACUUCCGGGCGCUGCUGGUGCACUACCUGCAGGACAGCGGGCAGCGGCACAGCACGGCCUCUCUGGACAUUGUCACCUCCGAGGCCUUCUCCCUCAUCCUGGACUUCCUGUACUCGGGCCGGCUGGACCUGCGCAGCGACAAUGUCAUCGAGGUGAUGUCGGCGGCCAGCUACCUGCAGAUGACCGACGUGGUCAGCUUCUGCAAGGCCUACAUCCGCUCCUCUCUGGAGAUCUGCAACCGGGAGAAGGAGAAGGAACGGGAGAGGGAGCGAGAGAGAGAGCGGGAGAGGGAGAGAGAGAAGGAGAGAGAGAGAGAGGGCCUGGCGGACAGCGGCUCUCCUGCCGAGGCCUCCAACGCCUCCACCUCCCAGACGGACGGAGGUGACCACUCGGGGUCGGACGUGCCCAGCUCGGCCGUGCCCUGCUCCGUGUCGGCCCUCCCGCUCCACCCGUCCCCGCCCCUGGCGCCCAGCAGGGACUCGGAGAGCGAGAGCUCACGGGGGGAGUUCCCCAGCUUUCACCCCGUGGACCUGGCUCUUAAGAGCAACCAGGGGGAGAAGGUCAACUCCUCCUCCAGGUUUCUUCUGGGACUGGUGCACCCCAAGACGGAGUUUGACCCUGAUGAAGAAGGGGAGGGCUCGCCAGGGCCGAAGGACAUGCCCCUGUGUCAAGCCCCGGCCGAUGAUGAUGACAUACCCCACCCUUCCAGCCAAACUCCGGGGAACGAACCGUCCUCCUUGCACUAUGAUAACUACCACAUGAAACAGUUCCUGGAGGUGUUUCUGAGGGGGGGCUCGGAUCCAAGGAGGGAGGAGCUGGUGCAGCACUUCUCCCAGGGCUUUGGAGGCGGGGAGGGGGCCAGUCGCAUGGAGGAGGGGCUGGGGCUGGGUGGCUCUUCCACCAUGGAGAUCCAGAGCGAGUGGUAUGGAGAAGACACAGGGGAUGGGCUGGUGGUGCCGGUGAAGCUGCACAAGUGCCCGUUCUGCCCCUACACAGCCAAGCAGAAGGGCAUCAUGAAGAGGCACAUCCGCUGCCACACGGGGGAGAGGCCAUACCCCUGUGAGACCUGCGGCAAGCGCUUCACCCGCCAGGAGCACCUGCGGAGCCACUCCCUCAGUGUGCAUCGCUCCAACUGGCCCAUUGUCUGUAAGGGGUGUCGGCGCACGUUCACAGGCCCGGUGUCACACGGGCUGAAGCGGUUUGGUCUGUGCGACGGCUGCACCUGUGUCACCACCACCCAAGAGGACUCCGCCCCCAUAAAUCUCAGCAGCCAAUCAGAGGGUGCGGAGCGCAGCGAGGGGGACAGCGACUGGCCAAUGUACAUGGACGACGCAGAGGAGGCGGAGCCCAGCGGUGGAGACGACGACCUGGAGGACAAGCAGGGACUGCAAAGGCAGCUCACAGGGAAUGAGGGUCUAAUAUAGGCCGGCGGAAGCCAGCUCUCCCUCCACUCCCCACCCGCACAAAUAAUUAUGGGACAAUAAAUGGAAAGUGGAGGCUGGCAACAGCAGGAAGGGGAGGAGAGGAGAAACGAGUAAGGGAGUGAUAUGAUGAGGGUAUCCACAGGAAACGUCCAAUCAGAGCUGUGGAAGGUGGCCAUAGAUGCCAUGUCACCACUUGGGCAGGGUCAGUCCUCUCCUCCAUGUUGUAAAGGGUCAGUCCUAGAUUUCCCCCCGGCAUAUUAUCAAGGGGGAGUGCAGGGCAGGUCUCAUUCUGCAGAUAGUCCAGAGACUGGAGAGUCCUGUUGAUGCGCAGUUUCCAAGCUAUGCAGAGAGUGUGGGAGGGAGAAUCGGAAGAAGCAGGGGGUCCUUUUCCAAGUGUGUCAGGGAUGUGCUCUGCAAAGCCUUGUACCAGUUUGCAGGAGUGAGUGAGUAUUCAUUUACUCACUGAAUAUUCUGACAGGAGAUACGCUUCCAGCAGCAGGUGGCUGCUUCUGUGCAUGAACACAGCAUUUAAACUGGCGGAGUGGAAAGGUACAGUAGAGUGGGGCCAGACACACCAGACACAUUCUCUGCAUGUAUACACUAAGUCCUGCAUGGCAGUCUCAUGGAACUGAUACAUAUUAUUGAAUUUUUCUGUAUCUGUGCUGUACUUGAGAUAACAACCACUAAUAACCACUUUCAAACUUCUGGGAAGUGACUGCCAGUUUUUUUUUUUUUUUUGCUGGCUUUAACAGACCGAAUGAACAGACGAUGGUGCUGACUGGGUGUAGCGGCUGUUCUAAACCCUCUGUUUUGGUGCUGGAUUGUUCCGUGCGUGUCUCAUUUCCCUCUUGGUCCCAUGAAAGCACACGAAUGAAGACACCCCAAAGAAGAAAAUCUGAAAAGAAAAUGAAUUGAGGAAAUAGUAUUUUGAUGUACCUGUACAUACAACUGAAUUUAUGAGGAUAAUUUGACACCUGAUCUGAUUUCCUUUUUGUACAGAGGUCACUUAUAUGUAUUAUUUUUUAAAGGAUACGUAUUUAUUGUGUUGUGCAGGUUUUUCCUAUUACGCAAUGAUUUCUUUUUACAAUUUUACUGAUUUCAAAAGCAGUGUCUACUGUGAAACACAACCCUCUAUUAAAAAUAUUGUAUAAAUAAAA